GGAAUUUUAAAAAUAGAUUGACCAAGACGUUUUCUUCAUUAGAAUCUCGAACAAGCACAUGAUUUUUGGAACUAUUCUGAAUACGUAUUGUUGGCAAAAAGCAUAGGACUUUUUUUUUAAACAAUUGCCUAAAGUAAGUUUACAAAUUCAAGCAUAACUAAGACAGACCUUCUUAGGUUUUACUAUUUAGUUAACCUAGUUUUAACCUAUCUGCAAGAGUAUCUUACGUCAGUGAAAAGGACAUUUUACAUAUCUUAACUGAUAUACAACAAACAAGAACAAUAGUUAUGCUAUAAACAAAGGGGUAACUACAACGUUUUAUUGUUUGUUUGAAAAAACCAAAGCUCCAAAAUGUCUUGUCUUCUCAUUCUCGUCUCCAUUGCCUUAGCAAUAACACUCAGUAAUCAUUCUUCACAUGCAGAAAAUCUACCUCUAAGGAUCACUGACAUUGUCCUAUGCAACAACAAUAACAUCUUCUUAAGAUCAGGAUCAUCUGGCAAGCUUGAAUGCAGAUUCAGACGAGCAAAACUGAUCUUAGGACAGGAGACAAAAGGUCAUCACGGGGAAUCCCAUGUUUUAUGUCCUGAACACAAAAAGUGUUCAAGAAACGAGAAAAAUCAGAUAUUCGCUCUAAAGAAGCAUCCGGGGAGAAAGUCUAAACGGAUUCUGAAACAAAUAAGAAAAGCAAAACAUGUUCAGUUUCAAUACAAGAAGCAAAAUAUAGGAGACAAGAAGUUCAUUUCUCCACAUCCAUGGUUUCUUCCCCCAAACCCGUUUGCACCACCACGUUCGAUUUUCCCACCAAACCCUUUUGCACCACCCCCUUCGAUUUUCCCACCUAACCCGUUUAAGCCACCGUCUCCUUCGAUUUUCCCUCCAAAUCCGUUUCAUCCACCUCCUCCUCCGAGAUUUCCUCCAUUAUUUCCUCAGCCUCCUCAUGCUCCUCCUCCGUCGAUAUUCCCUCCAAUAUUUCAUCAGCCACCACCUUCUCCUCCUCCAUCGUUUUUCCCUCCAAACCCAUUUCAGCCUCGGCCUCCCCCCACUCCUCAUUCAUCCUUAUUCCCUCCAAUGUUUCCACCGCCUCCUACUGCUCCAGCUCCUCCUCCCUCGUUCUUCCCUCCAAACCCAUUUCAGCCUCAUCCUCCUCAUCCUCCUGCAGCUCCUCCUCCAUCAUUAUUCCCUCCAAUAUUUUCUCCGCCUCCAGCUGCUCCACCUCCUCCACGAUCAAUGUUUCCUCCAAAUCCAUUUAAGCCACGUCCUCCUCAGUCUUCUCCCGCUCCUCCUCCACCAUUUUUCCCUCCAGUGAUUCCUCAUCCUCCUCCAGUUUCCCCUCCUCCUCGAUCAUUUUUCCCUCCAAAUCCAUUUCAGCCUCGUCCUCCUCAGCUUCCUCCAGCUCCUCCUCCAUCGUUUUUCCCUCCUAUAUUUCCUCCACCUCCUGCUGUACCAGUUCCAUCUCCUCCAUCGUUUUUUCCACCAAACCCAUUUAAGCCUCGUCCUCCUCCUCUUCCCAGUACUCCUCCACCUCACUCUCUAUUUCCUCCACUGCCGCCAAUCUUUCCAGGUCUGCAUCCUCCUCCACCACCACCACCACCUCCUCCUCCACCCUCUCACUUUAUUUUUCCAAUUCCGCCAUUCCCAUUUUUUCCACCACCUCGUAACCCUGGCCCUCCUCCUACUCCAUCUUUUUCAGCAAACAAACAACAUACUUAAGCAGACAAGAGUAUUAAUUAUAUACUAGGUAAUAAUCCGGUUUCAUUAUUUUUUAAUAAUGAAACAUUAAAUAUGUUUAAUCUGGAUAUCGUUUUGAUUUUCGGCUGUUUUUUUUAAUCUCCUAAAUAUAACUAUCAUUCUAAAUUAAUAUUUAUUUUAGUUUGUUCGGUUAAAAUGUUUGAUGUUUCUGGUUUUUCCAGUGAUAGCCAAAAAUUACUAUUAUUUGUUUGUUUUCCUAUUAUGAAUUUUAGAUAAUCCUUAUGUCGAACCAAGGCUAUUAUAUUAUAGUUUCUAAACGGAUAAUAGUUAAAAAAAAAAAAUAUUAAGACAAAUCAUUUCAUUACAAUUUGGUUUAGUAAAAGAAAUAUAAUAAAAAAUAUUUCAACUUCAAAGAGAAUUA